AUGCUUCCUCCCGAUCCCACGCAACUGCCGCCCUACACCUACUCAUACCAUACCCUCCCUACUCAAGGCAGAACCACCCCAGCCGGCAUGGACAUGGAGAAACACCACCUUUCCCCGUCCGUCCACCAAGGCGCGUUCGACGAGUCCCACACGCCUCUUCGAGUCGGCGGCGGUGCUCGUUUCGACCCCUCGGUAUACAACGAGGCACUCAAGCAGAGGUGGACGGGGCUAGGAGCGGCUAGGCGGGCGCUCAUGCUCAUUGCGCUGGCAUGGAUAGGUGUGGGCAUGUUCCGCGGCCUGCGGGCUCUGGGUGCUCGGGCUGGAAGGAGGGGUCGUGGGAUGGAGGUCGGAUGGUCUGCUGGGUGGUCCGAGCCGACUUUCAGUCCCGCCGUUUACGAAAGCUCGUACACUUCGUCCGACAUCGAGGAGGGGAUCUACCGGUCCGCCAACGCGUCGUUCCCUCUCAACAUGUACAAGACGCUCGUCCUCGACCUUCCCGAGGGAGUGGACGGGGAGGUGAUCGUUUCUUACUCGGACGACCACAUUCCAUCCAUCAACCAGGAAGAGACCGAAGUAGAGAAGGGGCAGCCGCAGGGCCAGGUGGUACUUGAGACGUUCUGGGUCGAAGGGGACGCCUGGGUCAUGGACGGUGGGAUGGGGAUGUGGGGCGAUGAUUUCUCUGAUUCACUUUGGAUCAACUCAUCCACCUCCAGCUCGGCCUACCACCGCAUCCACCUCCUCCUGGCCCCCUCCACUCCCGUCCCGUUCCUCCGUUCCAACCUCCCUAUCCGCCUCGGAGACCCCUCGGCCGAUAUCACCUUCACCCAUCUCUCCCUCUCCAGCGGCGAGGGGCGGAACAUCACCGGCAAGUACAAUGUCUCGAUGGGGAUCGAGUUUGAGACGAUCACGGGGGAUGUGGAUGUGGAUGUGUGGGUGGUUCCGCCGCCGAUGCCGAGGUGCGGUGGACCAGGGCAUGGGCUGGCUCGAGGAGAAAAGCACGGGCUGGAUUCAGAGAGUGAUGAGAUGCAGGAUGCGGGAGGGGAUGAGGGGAUUGAGGGUGGUAGUGCGUCCGGGUGGUGGCCGUUCAGCGGGAACAAGAAGGAUAAGAAGGGCGGACACAAGCAUCAUCACCCUGCGCCUCCCCAUUGCCCUCACGGCCCCCCUCCUCCCCCUCCCCCUCACGGUCCGCCUCGUGGCCCGCCGCCGCAUGGUCCUCCUCAUGGGUCGCCCGGCCACCAUGGUCCUCCUCCGCCCCCGCCACCGCCUCAUGGUCCGCCCGGCCACCAUGGCCCUCCGCCUCCCCCUCCACCGCCUCAUCACCCUCCACCGCCACCGCGCCAUGGACCCCACGGACACCCCCACGGCCUUCCCGGCCCACCUCGCGGUCCUCCUGGUCCUCCUGGUCCUCCUGGCCCACCCCCACCUCCACCCGCCUUUAUCUCCGCCCACUCAGCCACCGGCUCUCUCACCCUACGCAUCCACACGCCCACCCUCAACAUCUCCUCCUCAGACUCAAACCUCAAGCACGACCACUCGCACCCGCGCCCACCUCUCCAUCCCCCAGUCGACGUCGACGCGCACACCACCACCGGCAUGGUAUCCAUCUCUUACCCCACCUUCAUGGGCCUCUUUGAUGCGGGCGCGGUGGAAGGAAAUGUACUCGUCAAGCUCGAUACCGAGAAGGGAGGGAAGGAGAUCAAGGUCAUCAGGGAGAAGGUGGGAGAGAGGGGUGGGUGGGUCGAGGGGUUCGUUAGGCCGUUGAAGGGGAACGAGACUGAGCGUGAAGAAAAUGCGGACAUGGACAUGGAUGAGGGGAUGUGGACUGCGUACCCGCCACCGCCCCCGCCUCAUGGUCAUCAUGGCCACCACGGUCCUCCGCCGCCGCCUCCGCCUCAUCACCCGCACGGUCCGCCUCCCCCUCCACCGCCUCACCAUCCGCAUGGCCCACCUCCCCCUCCCCCUCAUCCGCCUCAUCACCCGCAUGGUCCGCCUCCCCCUCCUCAUGGUCCCCCUCACGGCCCGCCCGGUCCCCCGCCGCCUUUUCCCCCACCCCCCGGUCUCAGCCGUGUCCGGGCGCACACUGUCGUCGGGGACGUCAAGCUCACUCUCUGA